UGGCCCCGCCCCGCCGGCCUGGCGCGGUCGCCGGCCCAGGUCCCCGGCGCCGAGAGCCGCCGGGUCGCCGAGCUGGGGCGCACGGCCAGCGAGCGGCAUGGAGCCCAGGGCUGCGGACGGCUUCUUCCUGGGCGACGUGGGUUUCUGGGUGGAGCGCACCCCCGUGCACGAGGCAGCCCAGCGGGGCGAGACCUUGCAGCUGCAACAGCUCAUUGAGAGCGGCGCCUGCGUCAACCAGGUCACGGUGGACUCCAUCACGCCCCUGCACGUGGCCAGUCUGCGGGGCCAGGUGCAGUGCGUGCAGCUGCUGCUGGCCGCCGGGGCCCAGGUGGACGCCCGCAACAUCGACGGCAGCACCCCGCUCUGUGAUGCCUGCGCCUCGGGCAGCAUCGAGUGUGUGAAGCUCUUGCUCUCCUACGGGGCCAAGGUCAACCCACCCCUGUACACCGCAUCCCCACUGCACGAGGCCUGCAUGAGCGGAAGUUCCGAAUGUGUGAGGCUUCUUAUUGACCUUGGGGCCAAUCUGGAAGCGCACGAUUGUCAUUUUGGGACCCCACUGCAUGUUGCCUGUGCCCGGGAGCAUCUGGACUGUGUCAAAGUACUGCUCAAUGCAGGGGCCAACGUGAAUGCAGCAAAGCUUCACGAGACAGCCCUUCAUCACGCGGCCAAGGUGAAGAACGUUGACCUGAUUGAGAUGCUCAUCGAAUUUGGAGGCAACAUCUACGCGCGGGACAACCGGGGGAAGAAACCCUCCGACUACACGUGGAGCAGCAGCGCCCCUGGCAAAUGCUUCGAGCACUACGAAAAGACACCUCUGACCCUGUCGCAGCUGUGCAGGGUGAGCUUGAGGAGGGCCACCGGCGUCAGAGGGCUGGAGAAAAUCGCCAAGCUGAACAUCCCACCCCGGCUCAUCAAUUACCUUUCCUACAACUGAGCUGCAGGCACGGGAGGCGGGAGCAGGCUGGUGGCACCAUGGCUGCUGGCCUUGCUGAGCCCAGCGUCGGGCUGCAAGGGCUUCUGCCAUGUUUGUCUGAAGCGGUGCAGUUGCCAUAGAUAGAACAACGUUCCCCGAGUCCCUUUGGGCUGUCCUGUUUUGUCCUCUCUGCCGACUCCUGGAGAAUGUUUCCAAGGCAUUAGGAAGGCCCUGCCUCAGCUUCUGCUGGGGGCAUGUUCCUGUGCUGGCUCUUCUAGAACUCCGCUCUAACUCUGUGCAGUUGUUCUCUUUUCACCGACCUUCCUCAGAGGGACUCUCA